UCCUACCUUGCCAUCCUUUUCCCUGUCUUCCUCUUGACUGACUUUCUGCAGGGCUUCUUUCUGGUCACCAAUUACGUGGAGCUCCUGGAAAUUAGAAGGAAAGAGGAUCUCUGGGGAAUUCUGGUAAGGUAAACAUGGGCUAUUUGGCCAAGCUGAAGUCCUCUGGCUGGGCUUAUCCCACUGCCAUCCUGUCACUCUACGGGUUUUUUGCAAACUGCAGAGUAGCCGAGCCCUUCCUUACUCCAUAUCUGAUUGGACCAAACAAGAACAUAUCUGAAGAAGUGGUCACAAACUAUCUGUUCCCUAUCUGGACAUACUCCUACCUUGCCAUCCUUUUCCCUGUCUUCCUCUUGACUGACUUUCUGCGGUAUAAACCCCUCAUCAUGGUGCAGGGCUUCUUUCUGGUCACCAAUUAUGUGCUGCUGUGCUUUGCCCCGGGUCUACCUGCAAUGACAUUUCUUCAGGUCAACUAUGCUGUAGUGACUUCCACAGAGGUGGCCUACUUCUCUUACAUUUACAGUGUGAUUCCAUUUGAGAACUAUCAAAGAGCCACUGGCUAUCUUCGCAGUGCCAUGCUUGCUGGAUACACAAUUGGUGCCAGCCUAGGCCAAAUGCUCAUCUCCCUGGCAGGGGUGGACUAUUUCUACAUCAAUGCCAUCACACUUGGGAUUGUAAGCGUUGCUUUUCUCAUCUCCUUCUGGUUGCCUAUGCCGCAGAGGAGCCUGUUCUUCAAAGGGAAAAGGGCUGCAGCUGUGGGCUCACAGUCCCAGAGGGAGGCGCCGCUGGGGGCAGACAGGCCUGAGGAACCAGUGACAGAUGUGGAUGAAGUUGGCUCGGGGAUAGAGAAGAUUGAGCAUAAUGGCAGUGCUGGCUGGUGCAGCAGGGAAAAUGUAGCCACUGCUGGCCGUCUACUUUGGCAGAGCUUCAGGGAGUCCUAUUCUUCCAGGCUUCUAAUCUGCUGGUCCUUGUGGUGGGCUCUGGCCACAGCUGGCUACGUGCAGGUUUUCAACUACAUCCAGCUGAUGUGGGAUCAUAUAGAACCAUCUGCUACAUCAUCCAUCUACAACGGAGGUGUAGAGGCUGCAUGCUCACUUGUGGGGGCAACAGCAGCCUUCUCCGUGGGACACAUCAAAGUAAAGUGGGACGUGUGGGGAGAGCUGGCAUUAGGGUUGUUCUCAGCUGUGGGGACAUGUGCUGUGUUUCUAAUGGCGUUCACCAGCAGCAUCUGGGCAUGCUAUGCUGGUUAUGUUAUUUUCAAGUCCUGCUACAUGCUUCUCAUCACCAUCACAACAUUUCAGAUUGCUUCCAACCUCUCCAUGGAGUGCUACGCUUUGACAUUUGGGAUCAACACCUUUGUAGCCCUGUGCCUGCAGACCAUCAUCACUGGAAUAUUUGUUGAUGAAGCUGCGCUGGGACUGGAUAUUGUGACACAGUUCACCAUCUACGGCAGUUACUAUGCUGCCAUCUCAGUGCUCUUUCUGAUUCGAGGGACCUACACAGCUUGUGUAAAUCACUGCAAUCCUGAGCGCACCAAAACCAAGGAGCAAGAGUCCAGCGGUGUGGAGGUGACCUCUGCUGAACGUCUCUGAACAAGGUCAACAGUUUUUGAAAUACUGAAGGACUGGUAUCAAAAUUAGCAAGUGAUUGUUCCAUUUGUCUAAGGAGAAUAAAAUACUCACUCAUCAA